CCAUGUCGCACCCAGCUUCCUUGGUGAUGGACAAGCUCUCCAAUAUCGUGCCCGCCUUCAGAAACCUCUUCAUUCUGUUGGCUAACUACCGUCAAGGCAUUGCUGCAGGAGAUGGCUCUGCCUUGCAGAAUCUCGGAAGCAAGCGUCUGCAGUACAUGUCUCGUCACAACCUGAAUAACUUUGCCGCUACUGAGGUGGAUUCUGUGGCCCAGCAGCAGUUCUUCCAGAGUACUGGUCGCUCCCCGCCACCGCGCAACAUGCAGGAAGAACAAGAGGCGUUUGGUGAUUACUUCGGUGAGGACGACGGGUUCCGGAAAGGACCAGGACGCGCUACUGACGAUGAGAUCAGCGGCUCGGAAGAUUCGCCAACUUCAUCUUCUGACAGUGAGGCGCUACUGGGUGUUCCGAAGAACAAGAAGCAUAGUAAGACUACUACUGGCAAGGGCAAGGCCAAUACUGGAGAAGGCAAUGCUUCCAAGAAAACUACUGCGUCUAGUUCUAAAGAUGGAAAUCCGCCGCCGACGGAUGAAGAUGAAAAGGACUUCAACGAGUUCAUCGAAGAGCUGAAAUUUGAACACGAGUUGUCUCAAGAAGUUGAAGGCGAAGUGGCGAAGGUUAAGAUGGCGGAGGAGAAGUACCGCAACGCUCUGAAGAUCCCGAAGCCUACGGACAACCUGACUUUGCAUGCCAGUGAGGAUCUCUUCGAUAUCAUUGCGCCGAAAACAACUGCUGAGACCUCGAACUACGACCACAUGAAUGACAAGCAGGCGGAUGUCAUGAACAACUUGAUUCCGAAGAAGAAUUCGCCGUCCGCGCCGGUUCGUACUCCCCCGGUCACUCGUCUGUGCAAUUCGCAAGGAGAUGGCGCUAAACCUAAAUUUACACUGAGCUACUUGGGCAAGCAUAAGGGCUUGCUUUCGAUUCUAUCGCUUAUUCUGUUGUGA